ACAUUACAUACAUGCGUGCAUGCAGACGACGAGUGAUGCGAUUAUUUCCACACGCGCUUUUAUUGUGCAUGAUCGACGAGUAUACUAGACCCAGUACGUAUUACUAUGCGACAGCAGGAAGCCGCGAACAGCAAUAGUGUAGUGCUUUCUUGAAUUUUUAAUGCAGUUCGUGUGUUCUUAACUGUUUUCGUUCAAUAAAUAUAACAGCGACGUCUGCCGGAAUCUCACUUACUUUUGGACUACCGAGAGUUUUAAGUUUCAGACCAACAACUAGUGAGCCAUGGCGCCGAAGAAUCCCGUCUAUGGCCCCGUGGAAGUCGUUCAGGACGAAGGCAGCGCACCGACGGAAGAUGACACUGUGACAGCCACCAAUGACGAUGACCCUGACAUGCCAGCCACUGCCGAGGUUCCACCCCGUGAUGUCACGGCCAAGUCUCAGCCUGGAGACGCCUCUAAAGACAGGACCAGGAUCGUCUGGCGUAACGUGGUGCUGAUGGCCGCACUGCAUGUCAUCUCGGUGUAUGCCUUCCUCUGUCUGACCUGGAAAUGCCGCCCUUACACCUUACUCUUUGCUGUUGGCAUGUCUCUCUGCUCUGGCCUGGGCAUAACGGCUGGAGCUCAUCGUCUGUGGGCCCAUCGAUGCUACAAAGCAAAACUCCCUCUACGGCUUGUUCUGGCUAUGUUCAACUGCAUGGCAUUCCAGAAUGACAUCUAUGAAUGGUCUCGUGAUCACCGAGUUCACCACAAGUACUCGGAGACUGAUGCUGACCCCCAUAACGCCACUAGAGGGUUCUUCUUCUCCCAUGUUGGCUGGCUCUUGGUCCGUAAACACCCAAAGGUCAUCGAGAAAGGCUCCAGGAUUGACCUGCGUGAUCUCAUUGAUGACCCAGUGGUCAGAUACCAGAGGAAGUACUACCUGCCUUUGAUGACCUUCUUUUGCUUCGUGAUGCCGACCAUUGUUCCCAUGUAUCUGUGGGGAGAAAGCUUCUGGAAUGCCUUCUGCGUGCCCACCGUGCUACGCUACUGUUUCCUACUCAACUGCACGUGGAUGGUCAACAGCGCUGCCCAUCUGUGGGGGUCUCAACCCUACGAUCGUUUCAUUAACCCGGCUGAGAAUCGCUUCGUCGCUUUCUUCGCCAUCGGUGAGGGCUGGCACAACUACCAUCACACCUUCCCUUGGGAUUACAAGGCAGGCGAGUGGGGCUGGAGAAUUAACUUCACUACCAUCUUCAUCGAUCUGAUGACUGCCAUCGGUCAAGUAUCUGAUAGGAAGAUCGUCACUAAGGCAACCAUAUCAGCGAGGAAGAAGCGCACAGGCUUACAGGUGGCAGCGGUGGGAUGCGAUUAGACAACAGGUUGUCAUUGACGGACUUUUGUUUGCUUCUUGUUUGUUUCGUCAAUUUUGAGAUGACAGAUCACCCUGUUAGUGUUAAAGUUAUGAAAAUUAAUGAUAACGUUGUUUGGUUCUCUUCAUUGUAUAUUUCUUUCAAAAUGUUUGAGGAUUAAAGGCAGAUGUGGAGUUGGUUUGGUCACAUUCGCUUUUCGUAGUGUUUCCUAUAAAAUAGAGCUAAAUUCUGCAAAGUACUACUGCAUGUGUCCAUCCUGUAUGAAAGUCAGUACAUGUGAUGAAUUAAAAAUGACAGUUAAUAAUUAGGUAGUAACAGGUGGAGGGAACAUUUCCUAUGAGAUAUAUUGUGAGAGGUACAAAAAAAAGCGUCCUGGUGGUAUUUGGCACCCUGAUUGAUUUUGAAAAUUGAGGAAUACUGGACUGUUUUGCAAAAUGGCAAACUGUAAGUGUUGUGUAAAUUUCGGAUGAUUACAAUGUUGGAUGAUUGCAAACGUGUGAAGUUUGUUGUGUUGAAUCCUCAUUGUUUUAGAAAUAAAUUUCGUCAGCAUUUUUAUCAGCAUUUUCAUAUGCUUGACAGUCGAAAGUUCUGCAAGAUGACGCAUGCAGUUGAGUUCAUCAUUAACUGUGUUUUUUUUUCCAGGUAACUUAAAUACUAAGUCUUAAACAUGGAUUAAUUUCAAUAAUUACAAAAAAUGAAUAGAAAUAAAAGUUUUAUAUUGGAGCAAUCUUUAUUUUGAUGGAUAACAAUGUUAAAAGACUUUUGUUCAAUAAAAAAAACCAUAAGUUGAAAGAUA